AUUUCUAAUUUUUUUCUCAGUCUCUAAAUUAACAUUUUUCUGGUGAAUCCAGUUAUUCACCCUCAACGCUGUAACUGCCUAUGGGCUCUGUUUUUGAUAGAAGCUAUAGUACUGUCAACUGCAACUCCGUAAUGCCAGAAACUGAUACCAAGAGUUUAAGUGAAGAAAUUGGUGUGAAAAUACUUUCUUAUUCUCAGCAUAGUUGGGAUUCAGAGUGUGCCCCCCUACCGCGCAGUGGUCAUCGAGUGGCCUGUGAUGAUAAGUAUCUUUACUCGUUUGGAGGUUAUAACCCCAAUAUAGGAACAAACGUUCACCCUGAAUGGACUCCGGAUCGACCGCUUUUCAGAGAGUUGUGGAGGUACAAUAUCCUCACUCAUCGAUGGAAGAAGUUGCCAGUUCAAAACAUUCCCAGGAUUUUGGCAUCUAGCUCUGUGGUUCUUAGUGGCACUGUGCUGUUCGUUUUUGGAGGAACGGGAGCCCCCUUCGGCGAAGAAUGUAGUAGGGACUUGUAUGUAUGUAAUCUUGCCCAAAAAGAUGAGGAGCUAUCAUUUCAAGUUGUCCCAACAACUGGUGACCUACCAGAACCAUUGUAUGGACAGGGAGUUCUAUUGGACCAGAAUUACCUCUACACUGUUGGUGGAACCAGUGGCUACAUUUUCAGCAAUGAAAUAUAUCGACUAGACCUAGGAACUCAAGUGUGGGAGCAUUUGAAAGUGCAGAACCCUCAGUCUGCUCCAGAUGCUCGCUACCGGCAUGAACUAGCCCUUUACAAAGGAGAAAUCUACAUGUUUGGAGGAGGUGUGAAUGAUUCAGCAUUUGAUUUAAAGAAAAUUCCUGUGUUCAAUCCUAACAAAAGAGAAUGGAGGACCAUUACAACAUUUCCAUGCAAGAAAGGGUAUCCGGAAAGGAGGAAAAGUCACAGUCUAGUCCAGGUACCGAGUCAACCUAACCUUAUUAUCAUUUGUGGAGGAAACCAUGGCCUUGAGCAGCAUCAGGAUACAUGGAUGUUCAACAUUAAAAGUAGACACUGGCACUGCUUACCAUUAUGUUCGUUAACGUUCGGUCUACAUUUUCACGACUCGGCCAUCACUCCUAGUGGUAAAAUGAUAACCUUCGGAGGAAUAAAGUCCAGAAUCAGGUCAAGACGGGAGGAGGAACGCAUCAAUGAUGUGUACAGUGCAUGGGUCUGUAUACCUCCAUUGUCUGAAUUGUGUCUUGAGAUUUUAGUGGAAGCUGUACCCAGCUUGAAAUCUUUGUCCUUAGAUAGUUUGAAAGAAAUGGGUUUGCCAGAGAAAUUUCUAAGGCGAUUUAUAGAUAAUGAAAAUACUUGCUGACGAAUAUUCCCAAACCUUGCUCACAAAUACAAACUUCUCUUGUGUGAUGUGAUAGCAACGCUCAUUGGAUACAAGUUUGACCCUGUUUUAUUUCAUCAAUUUUCCCACAAACGUGCUCCAUCAGGGAUGCCUUUUGAAUAUCUUGUGAGUUCUCUUUUCUCUGCAGAAUUUAUCGGUAUCAACUAAGCAAAAGAUUUCUGCAAUUAUUUACACCAAGAAAAAAUAGCUCAAAAUCCACUUGCAAGUGGAAACAGAAUUCUGUAUUAUUGAUCCAUUUUAUUUUUGUUCGUUGUUAUUAAUUCAAAAUCAAAUUUCAAUAAUUUUUGUUAAAUCAUUGGAAGCACAAUAUCAUCUAAAAAUUUGAUCGUUUUCUUUUAAUACUGUGAAGAAGACCAACCUGCACUAAGCAUUAAAUUUUUAAAUUGAAUUUUUAUCAUGAGUCAGCAGAAGGGAACAUGAUAUAUCAAUCAUGGUGUAUUAUUUUAAUAAUUUCUUUUUAAUGAGAACAAGCAUAACAUCCCAACAUUU